AUGGAUUCUAAUAAUUUUUCGCAGGUUUUGGCUCAACUGCAAGAAACCAAUCACGCAUUUUUGGCACAAAUGUUGGCUCAAAACCAAGCUAUUUUGGAAGAUGUUAUUUCGAGGAACAAGAGCCCUUUGGUGAUACCUUCGUUCAGAAAUUUCAAUAGUGGAACAGAACAAUGGUCAACAUAUCAAUUUCAAUUGGAACAGCAUAUGAUAGCAAGUUCUGUAAAAUGUGAAGAUACGAAGCGGUCUUGUUUUCUUAGCUGGGUUGGAUCUGAUGUUUUGGAGCUUUUGCAAAGGCUAUUUGAUGGGAAAGCAGAAGUACAAUCAUACAAGGAGUUAGUUACCGCAUUAGAAAAGCAUUUUGGAAGUCAACAGCACAUUUUAGCCGCUCGAUUUAAAUUUUAUAAUCAAACAAGAAUGAAGGAGAAUCAGAAAUACGUUGAUUGGGUUGCAGAUCUAAGAGGUGUAGCCAGAGAAUGUAAUUUUACGUGUGAAAAUGAAUACUGCAGACAAUCCUACGUCGAUAACAAAAUAAGGGAUAUGAUUGUGUUAUACACUCCACAUAAGAAAGUCCGAACAGCUUGUUUGCAAAAAUCAAAUCCAUCUUUAGAAGAGGUGCUGCAAAUUUGUUCAAUUUUUGAAGCAACUGUUAAGGCGUCGGAUGAGAUCGAAGAUACUAAGGAGCCGACAAAUGAAGUUCACGCUAUUCAACGUUAUAAUGUUUCAGAAAGUAAAUCAAAGGGAAAGCUUACUUUCAAGAAUUUACAGUCUUGUCCAGGCUGUGGAAAGUCUCAUCAGAGAGAAGAAUGUUAUCACUUUAAGAAUAGAACCAGAUGCAAUAGAUGCUCGAAGCUUGGACAUAUAUCGAAAGUAUGUCAAGCACAAGGUAAGCUUGGAAAUAGUCAACAAAUUCAUGAAAUGGAGGUAGAGGAAUCGUCUAUAAGUCACUUUGAAGCAAUCGACACCGUCAAUAAUGGAAAGAAUGAUAAACUCAUGAUCACUAUUAAGGUAAAUAACGAAGAAUUGCCAUUUCAAUUAGACACUGGAGCUUCAUGCUCAUUGAUUGGACUUGACGUCUACAAGAAAUUAAAACAACCUUUGUGUAGUCCAAGUAAUAAAACAUUAAAAGCGUAUGGAGGAGCUAUGUUGGCUCUAAAAGGGGUGGUUAAUGUGGAUGUUAAGGUCGGCAACCAAACACGAAAUUUACAACUUUACGUUGUUGAUUUGGAAAAUAUUGUGAACAUAUUUGGAUUCGAUUGGUUUAAAGAAUUUGAUUUUCAGAUAAAAAGUCCAUACAAUAACCUAGUGAUCGAAAACUGCUUGCAAGUUUCAAAUGACUCUCUUACGGAUUUAGAAUGUAGAUUGAAACAAGUCUUAAACAAUUUCAAUGAAGUUUUUUCUGAAGGACUUGGACACUGUCCAACGUUUAAAGCAGAUAUUACCCUUAAGUCCGAUGCAGUUCCAAAAUUUAUGAAACCUUACAAUAUUCCAUUUGCGUUACACGACAAAGUUCGACAGGAAAUUGACCGUUUGGUCUCCAAUGGCGUCAUAGAGCCAAUAAAUUCGAGUGAAUGGGCUUCGCCAAUUGUGGUGGUUCCAAAACCAAAUGGUUCCAUAAGGGUUUGCGCCGAUUUUAAAGUUACUUUAAAUCCCCAAAUAAAAACUGAAAGAUAUCCCAUACCAAGAAUCGAAGAAUUAUUCCACAAACUUCAAGGAGGUCGGUAUUUCUCUAAAAUUGACUUGAGUGAAGCAUAUUUGCAGAUUGAAUUGUCUGAUGCAGCAAAAAGAAUUAUGGUUAUAAACACUCCUUUUGGUUUAUAUCAAUAUAAGCGUAUGCCUUUCGGGAUUGCAAGUGCACCCGCAAUUUUUCAGAGAUUCAUGGAGGAAACAUUAGCAGAUAUUCCUGGAUGCGCAAUUUACCUUGAUGACGUAAUUAUAACAGGAAAAACAAACAGUGAACAUAUUCAGAACUUGACUAAUGUGCUGGAGAAAUUAAAAUAUCAUGGACUCAAAUGUAAAACUGAGAAAUGUGAGAUUUCGAAAUCUUUGGUCGAAUAUGUAGGCCACAUUAUUGACUGUGAUGGUAUAAGACCUUCAGAAAAACGUUUGGCUGCAAUUCAGAAUAUGCCAAGGCCAUCAAAUAUUAAAGAAUUGGAAUCAUUUAUAGGAAAAAUUAAUUAUUAUAAUAAAUUUAUUCCGAAUUUUUCGAAAACUGCAGCUCCACUAAAUGAACUCAGAAAAUUAAAUGCAAAAUUUGUUUGGACUGAUCUACAAGAAACAGCUUUCAAAACUUUACGACAAGAUAUUGUGAACGCUACCAAAUUGGUUCAUUAUGAUGAUAAAUAUCCAAUCAUUCUCGCAACCGACGCUUCCAGCCGCGGAAUUGGAGCAGUUUUGUCUCACAGAUUUCCUGAUGGCUCUGAAAAACCAAUAUGCUUUGCUUCAAAAACGCUGAAUGCUUCUCAAGUUAAUUAUUCUCAAAUAGAGAAGGAGGCUCUUGCCAUAAUAUUUGGUGUGACCAAGUUUCACCAGUAUCUAUAUGGUAGACACUUUGAAUUAGUAACAGAUCAUCAAGCUCUUACUACAAUAUUUCAUCCCUUCAAAAAGCUUCCUAUCAUGACAUUGCAUCGACUUCAACGCUGGGCCAUUACACUGCAAGCAUACGAAUAUUCUAUAAAGUAUAAAACAACUUCUCAUCAUGCAAACGCUGACGCAUUAUCAAGAUUGCCAAUGGGAGAUGAUAAAGAAUUCGAUAAAACUGAAGCGGAGGUGUUAUAUAUUGAUGAUGUUUAUAAUACGAUAUUGCAAGACUGUCCUAUUGAUUCCGAAACUGUAGCAUUGCACACAAAAAGCGACGAAACACUAAAAGUUAUCACGAAUUAUGUGAAAAAUGGCUGGCCGGAGGAGAAUAAAUCGGAGUCUUCUUUCAAUCCGUAUUUUGCAAGAAAAUAUUCGAUUUCUAUCGAAAAGGAUGUGCUUCUUCUGCACAAUGAACACUCACGUGUAAUAGUUCCAAGCUCACUUCGCUCAAAAGUUUUGAGUAUGCUACAUGACGGACAUUGGGGUGCAUGUAGAAUGAAGCAAUUAGCAAGAAGAUAUGUGUGGUUUCCGAAUAUUGACCAAGAAAUUGAGAGUAUGGCAAAAAAAUGUACGAUUUGUCAAGAAAAUGGGGAUAACCCGAAACAAGUAUUUUCUGCAUGGCCCGAAGCUGAGCAACCAUGGGAAAGAAUACACAUUGAUUUUGCUGGUCCAUUUUUAAACAAAAUGUGGCUUAUUGCAGUUGAUUCGUACUCCAAAUUUCCUUUUGUCAGGCCAGUAUCUGUAGCUACCUCGGGAUCAACUAUAGCAGCUUUACAAAGUUUUUUCGCAAUUGAAGGUCUACCACGUACCAUUGUAACUGAUAAUGGUACACAAUUCACGUCAUCUGAAUUUAAAAGGUUUUGUGAAGUAAACGCUAUUGAGCAUCUGACAACAGCCCCGUUUCAUCCGGCUUCGAAUGGAUUAGCUGAACGUUUUGUUCGAACUUUUAAGACAGCUUUUACUAAGAUAAGUAAGGAACAACCAAAUCAAGAACAGGCGUUGUACAAGUAUUUGGUAACAUAUAGAUCAACACCAAACCCACAUACUGGUAAAUCUCCAGCAGAAUUACUUCACGGUCGUCAGCCUCGUACAAUUUUAACCGCAAUGUUUCCUGUGAAGCACGAAUUAUCAAAAUUUUCUUCGAAGUUAUCUAUUGGUCAAAAGGUUUAUGUACGAAAUUUCUCUGGUAAAAAACGCUGGGUUGAAGGAGAAAUAAAAGCAACAAUGGGAAAUUUAAUGUUUACAGUAAAAACAGCGCAGGGCGAAGUCCGAAGGCAUCAAAAUCAAAUAAAAAGCAGAAUAGAAACGAGUGGAAACAAUAUAACUAAACAAUGUCAUGUAUCAAAAAAGACAGCUAAUGACGAUAUAGACAUAUUAAUUCCAGAUAACUAUUCUAAUAUGAAUCCAAGCGUAGAAACAAGUGAACGACACUCAACAGUUAUUGAACAAACCAACAUCGCAAGCAGUUGUGAGAGGUUAGAACCAGCUAAUCAAGCUUCAGGUCAAACCACAAUUGUGGAAGCUUCCCAAAAUAUGCAAUCCAACGGACAAGGAACUAGCGGAAAACAAAACUGUCAAAACAGCGAAAUGUCACGCCCCUGUGGAAAACGUCGACAACAGUUUACCCCCAGAAGAUCGGAAAGAAUUCGGAAAAGAUUUAAAGGGAAAGCAAAUUAA